ACCCUGCUCUGUCUUUCCUCUUUAAGAACAGAUUCUUCACCUCUCCCUCCCUUUUUUUCCUCUGAGCAUUAAUUUUCACCGUCCUUGGCCACACAAUGUGACUGGGUGUCUUCCUCCCCCCACUCCACCACCACGACUUAGGCACUUUUAAAUAAAGAAAGGACCGUUUCGGUUUCCUGCAUUCAAAACAUGUCAUGUAUCCAAAAAACCUGGAUUGCAAACUUUUCCUUUUGGGUUCACCUCCUUAAUAUCCAGGCAUUUUGCUAUGCUAGAAAUCCUCCACCCGGGAGAUUUGUCUUUCCAGACCAGAAGCAAGAUCAAUUUGUUAAAGCGCUGCAAGAUUGCCAAGUGGUUAGCCCAGAAAGAGUUGAUGGAUAUGGACAUUUUCUCUCCUACCAUUUGAAUCAUCAUGCUUCAAACUUCAGAGGAAAAAGAGACUCUAAGAGAAGAGACAGUAAAUCAUAUUAUAAAAUUAGGCACAAAAACAAGGAUCUCUUCUUCAAUUUAACUCUUCACCAAGAAUUACUGUCCAAUAAUUAUGUUCUGGAAAAGCACUAUGGCAGCUAUCUUGGUGCUAAGAUCCUUCCAAGAGUAGCCACGUCAUGUCACCUUAUUGGGAUGGUCAUGGAUUCUGAUUCCAGAAACGGAAGAGCAGUGAUCAGUACUUGCAAUGGGCUAACUGGUUACUUCCACUUGCCUGAUGGAGACUACUUCAUUGAACCAGUGAAGAAAUAUGAAUCAAAAGAAGGGGCACAUCCACAUAUAAUCUACAAGACAAAUGUCAUCCAGAAGACUCUGCGAAAACAGCGGGACACCUGGACAGAUAAGCAACGGAAUUGCGGGGUGAAUGGUACACAUGUACUGUAUAUACUUUCAAAAUGUGUUGCUUGAUAAUCUAAUUAAAAUGAAGAAGC